AUGUUGGAACCGGAUGGGUGUUUUUGUAGUGCCGCUGUAAAGCCUUCUCAGGCUCAAAAUCACGCUUACAUCGGCUACAAGUUCAGGCUCCUUCCGCUCGGGGCUGAGAAAGCGCAGCCAAGUGGAUUACAGGCUAAAAGAAAGACUCACAAUCGGAUUAAUUUCCAAAAGGCUGGAAAGCCAGAAAUGCAGAAAUGCAGGAAAAGACAGGCAGAGUCCCCAGAAAAUACUGGCUCACCCAUCAUUUUCAAGUUAUUAAAAAUCAUGACCAUGCGCCUUCAAACAGUCUCACUUCCUUCUAAUACGGUUUUGCGAUAUUGUAUCUCUUUCCAUUCAAUCAUGGCAUACCGACCGUCGGACCAUAUUAAUAAGCCCGACACAGAGAAUAAAUGCGCCAGCCCCCACCAACAACGGCGUAGACGAAAGGAGACUCUGCUGGGGAAGUUACAUGCCUAUUGCCUAGAGUGCUAUAGCGACGUUGACCUGGUGCUUGCUGAAUACCCAAUCCAGAAGUCCUGCGGCAAGCAAACACCCCCAAUACAUUUUAGUGCAGUUUCCAGUGGCCAGACAGCUAAAACCUAA